UUUAAGCCUUAAUUGAAGAAUUUUGAUAGAUCCGAAAUAUGGAGGAAAUGGAUGUAGAUAUGGAAAUUGAGCUUCCUGACGAAAUACAGACGCAGGAGGAUGACAAUAUCCCAAAAUAUGAUUACCUCAUUGCUCAAAAGAGAUAUAAAGACUCAUUUCAGCUUCAAAUGAGAAGAGAGAAGAAGAAAAAGAAGAUGCCAUGUCCAAAUUUGAGUAAUACUUGAAUGAUUUCAAAGAACUUUGAAAACAUCACAAGUGAAUUUGUUAAAAAUCUUCAAGAAGAAGAAACUGAGCAGAUGAUUAUAAAACAAGUAGAGUUCUACCUCUCUGAUGAGAAUUUAUGCCAUGAUCUUUAUCUAAGAAAGCGAUUCAUAAAUCCAAGUAACAAAGGUUUAAAGCUGAAAGACCUUAUUAAAUUUAACCAAGUAAAGAGAUUUUUCUGUGAAGAUUCUGAUGAAGAUGCUUGAAUGAAUAUUCUCAAGAAGUGUAUCAAAAAAUCUGCAUUGUUAAAGCUGACAAAAAAAGAAGACAAAGUUAUCAGGAAGAAGAGUUUCUGAUUAACAAAGGCUGCUGAAUUUAUUGCAAAGAGAACCUUGUAUAUCUCAAGGCUAACAGAAGGAAAAGACACAAUAUCUGUAGUUGAAAUUCUUAUGAAAAAUGGACUUGACCCCAAGUAUAUAAAAAGAUUGAAGAACUCUGCUAUCGAAGAAACUGACUGAUUUAUGAUCAUUUUUCCACAAGAGUCAGACUGACAAACCUUUAAAGCCAAAAUGGAGAAUCAUGAAGAUUCCCUCUGAGAUCUUGCUCACUGAGAAGUGUAUACGAAAGAGCAAUGGGACCAGUUGUUGCUGAAAACAAAAGAUAUGAGGAAAAUGCUAUCGAAAAUGCAAACUAGCACCCAGUCUUCAGUAUCUAAAGAUAGAUUUGCAAAAGAACUGUUUGUUUUCAUUACUGGUAUUCCGGAAGAUAUCCAAAAGUACACUCUAAGGAGCAGUAUCGAUUCUAUACAGAAAUGAAAAUUUCUACAUUAUUCCGGAGAUGGUGAAGCAAAGGUCCGCUUUGAGGAUACCAAACAAGUAGAGUUGUUCUUAUCUAAAUGCAAGAUUCCUGAAAAGAAGCAUGACUUAAAGAUCUUAGAACCCAAUACCAGUAAAGGUCCCAUAAACCUCAAGAUAUCCCGUCCAAAUGAGGAAGAGUACGAAUGUUAUUUACUUGAGAUCCAAAACUCUGUGAACAGCUUUCAAGAAUACAAGAAGAAAUGUGCUGAGAAGAAGGUGCCUACCUACACCAAGUUCAUCUUCAGGAAGACAAUCAAGAGAAGGAAAAUGUAA